AUAACCUUAUAAUCAGUAUGACAUUAAUUGAUUGAUUUAAAGAGAAAAAGAAAUUACAAAAGAGGGAUAACAACAUUUCUGGAAAUAAUCUUCGCGUGAUUACAUUUGAUGGGAUAUCACUGAUCAAUAAUUUUCGAAAAUAACAAAAUGUGAGAAAUGAAAAAUCUUCGCUUUCCUUACGAAACAUUAUUUACAGAAAUUACAAGAACCGAAGAAGACGAGAUAAGAUGAAAGAAAAUAAAUGAAUUACUUGAAUAUUUCCAAAGAAAAGUUUCUGUUUGCUUAUCAAACAAAUCUUUUAAAGAUAUCGUCAGAAAAGAUAUAUCUUUCCUUUGGGUAGAAACACGAAGAAAAGAACUGGUUUUGGUUAAUUUCGUUUUAUUGUUAUUUCUGACUGCAACUUUACUCGUGACAAAGUGUCAAUUACGAAGCAGCUUCAGGGCGAACGCGGUGGCUUCUCGGAUUCGGACACGUCGAGUAUGAGCGGUAAGCUCGAAUACCUGGAAAAGUAUUCGGUAGCGCCUUCUCCAAGCAGAGAUUAUUACGGGUUAAGAGUGUUGGACGACCAGGUGACACUCUAUCUUUGGCGAAUCUCGCACGGUCCUCACAAAACACCCAUCGUACGAACCUCCGGUUUCGUUGAUUUCAAGCAAGACCAUCGAUUGCAGGACGAAAUUCGACGUAUUUUUGGCGAAUAUUUGCUAAAGCACGUAAGAAACAUCACUUCCGGGAGGAAUACCUUAUUGACAUUGCCAAGGUGUCUGAUUAAUAAAUUAAUCAAAUAUCUUUCGGUACAAGACAUCAUCAAAUUAACAUCCCUGUCGCGUGUCUCUAAAGAGAUCUUCGAUGACAAUUGCGUGUGGGAAACACUGUACAAAAAAUACAGACCAUUAACAAGGAAUAGAUACGACAGAUUUAAUACCACGUAUAACUGGAAACAAUUGUUCCAAUUGGCUCAAGCGCAAGAAUCAGCCUACGAUCAAAAAAUGCUCCGAAAUCGCGCAAACGCGAAACAAAGGCCAGCAAACCCGAAAAUUGAAAAUUUACCGAAAGUGAAUGCGAGAUCGGAGAAUUCAUCGAAAGCGUAUCAAAAAAUCGAAAAUCCCACGAAAAUCUCUGGUUCGAGUACUAAACUAACGUCGAAGAUCGUUCCGCCAGAAAAUCAGACGAAGAAAACGGCCGAAGUAUCUCGUAGAAAGAACGCGCAGAACUCUGUUUCAAGAAAAUUGUCCGACAAUCGUCUUAACGAAAUUACAAUCGAUAAAGAAAAAGUAAUCUCAGACAGGAAAACUUCUGCCAUUAAAUCGCUGCAAGUGACCGGACAGAAGAAUAUAAAGGCGCUGAAAGAUUACUCGGUCGCUACCAAGGUCAAUGCCAAAGUGGACAGCAAAGAUUUGAUCGGUAACAAGGUUGCCGAAACAAAGUCAAGCAAAGUUCAGAAUAAAAUGGCUAGGAAGAUCGACACGAAGGCUAGUAGCAUAAGUCUCAAGACGCUAGAGGAGAAAUUAAAUAACGUUAAAUCGAAAAGUUCAACAACACCGAAGGUUAAUAAAACUGAGAAACCAGCUCCGCGUCCGAUCCACGAGGUCCAAGUUAAACCAAAAUCCAGGGGCAAAACGAAGAAAAUCGGUCAUAGCAAGUCUACGAUUCUGAGUACGAGCGCUGAUCUUUUGAACGAUCAUUCUCCUAUUAAGGAUGACAGUUUCGAUCUGGUAGAUUUGAUUCAGGCUAGCUUGAAAAACAUUCGUAGUCCAAGAAGUAUAUUCGAUUAUAGCUUCAGUUGUAUCGAAAAGACGAAAUCUUGCGGCGGUGACACGGCCACGCAAGAGAUUAGUCGCAAGAUGACAGACCAUCCGAGAGCCUUGAAGAGCGGUCAGGUUAAAGCGGCUCUUGAUCGAUUGUCAGAGAAAUCCGAGCCCGUCACCGCGAAAUCGAUAGAUUCUGCCAACAAAGGCGAACUAUCGUACGGAUCCGUCACGCCCAACUAUGCUCUAAUGUCGUCGAAUUCAGAAUUGAAAAAAUCGACAGAGUUAAAUAAGAAUCGUAACGUUAUGGUGCCAGAGGAGAAGGCAGAACAUUUUGAAAGAUAUGGAAUUUAUAACAAAUAUCCAACGCCAAGGCUACCGGAUAAAGAACAGAAGAAGUCGCCUGCUGGAAAGGAAAUGGAUAAGAUGAGCAUUCUACGUUCGCUGGGAAUGAGAAGUUUGCGUGGUAAAAGCGUGAGCUCUAACUCAACGGCUGAGGUAAAUCGAUACGAAUCGAGGAAAACGAUCGAUAACGUUUAUAAGUAUUGAUGUGUGUUCAAUGUCGUUGAUGUUACUCCGGAGAAUAUUUUUUAAAUUGUAACAAUUGUACGUGUAUAUGUUUGGUAAAAUAAAUAUUAGCGAAAGCUAAAAUGCACGUCUAAAAGCAUUGUACCGCGCGAUAAUCUGUCACACGGCAAAUAAUAUGAUUUCAAGACGAGGAAUUUUUAUAAGCGUGUUACGAUAGAAUAGGAAGAAAUUAUGAUUUCUUAUUUAUAAUGCAUUUAACUUGAGAAAUAUUACUAUAUUCGAAGCAAUUGACAUCGAAUCUCACUAAUUAUCUAAAUUG